GUGACGUUCAGUAACUUGACUCGGACACACAGGCGGUUCUACCAUGUGUGCAGUGAGUCCCACACGGUGGUAAUACAUGUAACACAGCCCCUAGUCUCGGCCUUGAGGGGGCACCAGCAUGAGUCAGAAGUUGCCGGAGUCUGAAAGAGACUCUGCUCAGGAUGCGUCUGACUUUAACUGGGACGAAUACCUGGAGGAGACUGGAGCCGUGUCGGUGCCACACCACGCCUUCAAACAUGUGGACCAGGGCCUGCAGACCGGCCUGGCUCCGGGCAUGAAGCUGGAGGUGUGUGUGCGCUCCGAGGCCGACAGCCCUUACUGGGUGGCCAACAUCAUCACCACAUGUGGCCAGCUGCUGCUGCUGCGCUACGAGGGGUACCAGGAUGACCGGCGUGCCGACUUCUGGUGUGACCUGAUGACGGCAGACCUCCACCCGCUGGGAUGGAGUCGCCAGCACGGGAAGACAAUGAAGGCCCCCGAGGGUGUGCGUGAGAAGCACCAGGACUGGGAGGCUCUGCUGGAGAAGGCCCUUGCUGAGGAGUGCAGCGCGCCCGCUAACCUGCUGGAACUGCCGCAGCGGGGCAGGGACCCGGUGGAGCUGCUGUGUGCCGGCUGCUACGUGGAGAUCCAGGACGGUGCUGACCCGGGGUCAGCCUGGGCUGCUGAGGUGGAGGAGAACGUUGGAGGAAGGCUGAAGUUGCGUCUGGUAGGAACCGAGGGCCUCCCGGACACACCCACAAUCCUCUGGCUCUUUUACCUCCACCCACGCCUCCACCCACCCGGCUGGGCCAAAGAGCACGGCUGCACCCUCAGGCCUCCCUCAGACUUGUUGGCCCUGCGGACAGAAGCAGAGUGGGAGGAGGUGCGACAGAGGAUCAGCGACCUGCCUCAGGACGAAGCUCUGACUGCAGAGUUCAGUAAGGAUCAGCCUGCCAUCGCCGCCCAUUGUUUCAAAGAAGGAAUGAAACUGGAAGCUGUUGACCCAGCUGCUCCCAUUUCCAUCAAGCCUGCCACUGUCACCAAGGUGUUCAAUGAGCAGUACUUCCUGGUGAAGAUGGACGACCUCUGUGGCAUUGAGGAGUCAGACGGUGCUGCUGGGAGGUCCUUCCUGUGUCACAGAGACAGUCCCGGGAUCUUCCCUACUCAGUGGUGCCUUAAAAAUGGAGUCACUCUCAGCCCCCCACCAGGACACCAGGGUCCGGACUUUGACUGGGCGGAUUACCUGAAACAGUGCGAGGCUGAGGCAGCUCCUCAACACUGCUUUCCAACUGAGCAGUGCGACCACAGCUUCAAAGAGGCCAUGAAACUGGAGGCUGUCAACCUGCUGUCCCCUGAGAACAUUCACGUGGUGACUGUCACCGGGGUCAAAGGGCAGUACAUCUGGCUCAGCCUGGAAGGACUUAAGCAGCCCAUGCCCGAGCUGAUAGUUCAUGUGGACUCCAUGGACCUCUUCCCCGUCAGCUGGUGCGAGACUAACGGCUACCCACUCGUCUUCCCCAUCAAACCUCAAGUUGAAAAAGACAGGAAGAUUGCUGUGGUGCAGCCAGAAAAACAUCGAUUUCCACCUAAGUCAUCAUCACCUGACGUCAAGCAGCACAUGGGCUACAAUUCAGAGACAGGACAGGGGAACGGGAAAUACACCUGCCCCAAGAUCUACUUCAACCACCGCUGUUUCUCUGGGCCGUACCUUAACAAGGGACGCAUUGCUGAGCUUCCUCAGUUCAUUGGGCCUGGAAACUGUGUCCUGGUGCUCAAAGAGGUACUUACUCUGCUGAUAAACUCGGCAUACAAGCCCAGCCGGGUGCUGAGGGAGCUGCAGCUGGACCAGGAGAGCCGCUGGCAGGGCCAUGGAGAGACACUCAAAGCAAAGUACAAGGGGAAGAGUUACCGGGCCACUGUGGAAAUAGUCCGCACUGCAGACCGUGUGGCAGACUUCUGCAGGAAAACAUGCAUCAAGCUCGAGUGCUGCCCGAACCUGUUCGGACCUCGCAUGGUUCUGGAGCGCUGCUCAGAAAACUGCUCUGUCCUCACCAAGACCAAAUACACUUAUUACUAUGGAAAGAAGAAGAGUAAGCGUGUUGGCCGUCCCCCCGGGGGCCACUCCAACCUGGAGGGUGGAGUGAAGAGGAGAGGGAGGAGGAGGAAGAGGAGGAAGCAGCUCUUUGUCCAUAAGAAGAGACGCUCCUCCGCCUCUGUGGAUAACACGCCUGCUGGGUCUCCACAGGGCAGCGGCGACGAAGAAGAUCUGGAUGAAGAUGACUCCCUGAGUGACUCCGGCUCCGACCUGCAGGAUGAUUCUGAACAGUCGAUCGAGAAGUCUCAGCCCGCCACGCCGUGCCCCUCCCCCCCGGCAACACCCAGACCCACACGCCGGCGCAGGAAACCCCGCUCACCCUCGUUCUCCGAUGAUGAGAACCGCCCUCCUUCCCCAAAGACUUCAAAGAUUGAGGCUCCUCCGAAGUUGUGUUUAGACACCAGCCCGCUGGAGUGGAGCGUUACUGACGUGGUUCGCUUCAUCAGGACCACUGACUGUGCUCCUCUUGCUCGGAUUUUCUUGGAUCAGGAGAUUGACGGACAGGCACUUUUGCUGCUGAACCUCCCAACAGUGCAGGAGUGUAUGGACUUGAAGCUGGGACCGGCCAUCAAGCUGUGCCACCACAUUGAGAGGGUCAAGCUGGCGUUUUAUCAGCAGUUUGCCACGUAGCCGCCGGGGAAUGAACAUGGACCUGACUGCAUACUGUUCUGUGUAUUCAUUCUGUGAAAAACACAGUUUUUUCCAAUUUUGACUUUGACAACACUGGACGUCCUUUUACUAUCAUGAAUAUACUUUGUUGUGUUGGAAAGGAAUUAAGAGUAAUUAACAGUUUAGGUGCCCCUUAGGAAAGACACAGCAGGAAACUGAAAAACGGAAGCGAUUCAAGACACUUUGAUGUCUUAAGUGAGUUUAAAUUACAGCAUAUUUCGCAAAAACAAAGCAAGCCAUCAUCAAGGACUUACUUAGUUUUGAUACAUUAUUUUGAACUUGUGUUUCUUCAGAGUGUCCCGAAUUGUACUCUUUUAUUUAUGUGGAUGACCAAGUGCCAGUGCUACAACUCAGCCUGUUUUGUCCAUUGUUGAUUUCUCCCUGACCUGCUGUCUGUACAAGGGAAUACCACUGAAUCACAGCUUUUACUUUAACCUGGAAUAUCUGUUAUCUGCGAUCACUUGGGUCCAAUUUUGUUGAAAAUACGUUCUAGUUUUUUUGGUGCAGAUAAGGCUAGAAGCAGGACAUGACAGACCUCCUACAUUGAAGCGCUUAAAAGCAAACCUUUUCACUAAAUCAAGACUAGUGCAAAUGCUGUGUCUUUAAGCCUUUUUUUAUGGUUUCUAGUUUAGACACAUUUUUAUUUUUAACAAAACAUUUAUCCCAAUAAUCAAGCAAAGAAAGAAAACUGUUUGCAUACAGGUGGAACCAGAAGUUUUGUAGGAUUAUUACAGUCAGACGUAAUAAUAAACUAGAAACUGAUUGUGGAGUUGACAGUGUCCCAAGGUUAAGAGAUUGAUAAUAGUGUAAACACCAGACAUGUAUGUUGUACUAACAGUUUGCAAAUGUCAUCCAGGUGAAUUAAGAUACAAUCUGCUAAAAACACUGAAAAAAGUGGGCCCUCAUCUCAAGAUUUCAAAUUGUUGUUCAAGCUUAUACAGUAUGUAAGAGCAGUUUACAAUGUAAGGUAAUGCAAGCACAAGCAACACCAUGUACUGUAUGGUGGUAUGCAAGUAUGACAGUGCAUGUUUGUAUAUAGUGUAUAUAUAAUCAAAUAUCUUCUAGUGCAACAGGGUGAUUAGAAAAAAAAGAAAAAAAGAGAAAUACAAUUUCUACAUAAGCAAUGUGUAAUUCCCCUAAAUAUACAGUAUAUUUGCACAGAAUACACCUAAACUUUCUCAUAUGGGUGUUUUAACUAAUUCAGCUAUAGUUGAUUAUUUGAGCCAUUUCUUAUUUGUUGUUUUUAACAAUUAACUGAAUAACUUUGCAGUUUCAAACCAAGAAGGUAUUAUCAAAGUACUUUUGUGAAUUAGUUUUCCUCUUUUUACCAGUUUUUGUAGUGUGAUUUACUGUAUUGUUCAUUUUGUGUGAGAAAGAAACCUCUAUAGGUUCUCUGUUUACUAAUUUGCUUGUUUGCGUUAUAUUAAAAGCAAUUGAGCAGCUUUGUUUCUCCUAUUCCAAGACGAUAACUGCUAUUUAAGAGAUGACUGCAAUUAAAUCAAUGAAUAACAAAA